CUUAAGACAUCUAGUAUGAGAAUUCAAUCAACAUCAUUUUCCACAUCCCUUGACUUUUUGGUGAAUACCUUCCAGCAACAAUGCCAGCGCUAUCAGCGCCGAAUUCAAUAACGGGGGAGGAGAUUUUGUCGGUUAUCAUACUGGUUAUCUCCAUUUUAUCUGCGCUUGGUGCAGCAUGGAUUAUAAUAAGCUUUAUUCUUAUCCCAUCACUACGAACCUUUCGUCAUCAGUUGAUCCUGGGCCUUGGUAUAAGCGAUUUUCUGAUGGCCCUGAACUUCAUCGUAUCGACCAGCAUGAACAUCUCUGGCAGAAAAAUCUGGUCGGAGCCUCUACAGGGCUUCUGCAGUUUCAACAGCUUUAUGACGCAGGUCUUUGUGAUACAAACCGACUACUGGGUCUUGAACAUCGCGAUAUGCACCUACAGCAUUCUGGUAAACCAUCGACGUUUCUUUGACACCAUGCAAUCCCAUCCUCUUAUUGUGUGUUUGUGGCCCUGGGUGUUGUCUACUACCUGGGCCGUACUUGGCCUGGUAUUGGUGGGCUAUCAGAACAUUGGAGCGUGGUGUUGGUUCGCCAGCGAUCGCACACGGUUACUGGUUAAUUUUGUCCCACGAUGGAUCAUCGUGUUUGUGAUCAUCGCACUCUACCUCCGCCUCAGCUACAUCCUCCUCCGAACCCAAAGACUGUUGGAAAGCUCAGAGCAUGACACAACGAUUAUAUUAUCUGGUUACCGAAUUGGUCGCCAAAACAAUUCGGAGCACACCGAUGUGCAGUCAGGAUCAUAUGCUCAUACUUCAGAGUCGAAAAUGGCGACAGCGACUGUUCAGCGACAUCCUCAGUCGUCGAAAUUGAAGAAGGUCAGUGCCGAGACACCAGUCUAA